AUGGAAGACGUAACUUCUGAAGAACAGGUAAAAGGAAACCAAGAGCUCAAAGAAGCAGGGCAGCCAUGGGAAAAAAGUAUCAGCUCUCUCCAAGAUCUGGAACCUAAGCCAGCUGAGCCCUCAGGAGUGGAAAAGGGGGCAGAAACUGGAUCACCUCCCAAGGGCAGCCCUCCAAGGAGCCCCCCGUCUCUGAGUGACCCCAGAAGCCCACAUGCAUCACUUUCCCCCUCCUCUCUUCAGGAACUUUCUUUUAUUCCUUCUACCCUGGCCCUGGCUCCUGAACCAAAGAAUCUUACCACACCCUGCCCUUCAGACAGCACAACCACAGACAUCCUUAAAGCUGGGAUACCUCAUCCUGACCUGCUGGAACAACCACCAGGUAACAAAGAACCGAGUCAUCAUCUCACAAGCCCAUCCAACAUUGGUCAGCAGUUCCAGCAAUCCAGAUCUCACCUGUAUGGGCCAAGGAAUGUGAGCCGUAACCACUGUAAACAAAAAGGGCUGGAAUCUGAUGUUUCUCAGGAGGAAAACUCAAACAGUAACUAUAGUCUAGAUCAGCCUGAGCCACAAGCUUUUGAAGAGGCUCCCAGCACCCUGGAGACUGCCAUUCAGAAUGCGAAGGCUUAUCUAAUAAAGACGAGCAGCAAGUCUGGCUUCAAUCUAUAUGAUCAUCUUUCUAAUGUGCUGACCAAGGUACUAGAUGAACGUCCUGAUGAUGCUGUUGACAUCAUUGAAAACAUUAGCCAAGAUGUGAAAAAGGCACAAUUUAACAAAAAGUUAGAUACACUACAAAAUGAGAAUGAGAUGCUUCCAACAUAUGAAAUAGCAGAAAAACAAAAGGAUCUUUUUCUCCAGAGACAUUUGGAAGGAGCUGAGCAAGACUCAGAAGAGGAAAUAGUAGAAAAUCCUCUCCCAAAUGUGAUGGAGUCAGCUUUUUAUUUUGAACAAGCAGGAAUUGGUUUGGGCACAGAUGAGACUUUCCGUGUAUUUCUUGCUCUUAAGCAACUCACUGACACACAUCCAAUCCAAAGAUGCCGUUUCUGGGGGAAAAUCUUGGGUGUAGAAAUGAAUUACAUUGUAGCUGAAGUGGAAUUUCGUGAGGGGGAAGAUGAAGAUGAGGUGGAAGAGGAAGAUGUAGGUGAAGAGAGGGAUGAAGAAGAAAGUGAAUCUGAUGAAGAUGAGGAGGAUGGAUUACCAAAGUCCAUUUAUAAGGCCCCACCAGCCAUACCAAAAGAAGAAAACAGAACAGGAGCAAACAAAUAUGUCUAUUUUGUUUGCAAUGAACCAGGAAGACCAUGGGUGAAGCUACCAUCAGUGACACCUGCACAAAUUGUUGUUGCAAGAAAAAUUAAAAAAUUUUUCACUGGGCGAUUGGAUGCUCCCAUCAUAAGUUACCCACCUUUCCCAGGAAAUGAAAGCAACUACUUACGAGCACAAAUUGCACGAAUUUCAGCAGGGACUCAUGUCAGUCCUCUAGGAUUUUAUCAGUUUGGUGAAGAGGAAGGAGAGGAAGAGGAAGAACUAGAAGGUGGGCGAGAGAGCUUUGAGGAAAACCCUGAUUUUGAAGGCAUCCAAGUGACUGAUCUGGUGGAAUCUCUAGCCAAUUGGGUUCACCAUGUGCAGCAUAUUCUCCCUCAGGGUCGCUGUAAUUGGUUCAACCCUGUGCAAAAGAAUGAAGAGGAAGAGGAAGAAGAGGAAGAAAAAGGAGAAGAGCCUGAUUAUAUGGAACAAGAAGUGGGACCUCCUCUUUUAACACCAAUCUCUGAAGAUAUAGAGAUUCAGAAUAUACCUCCUUGGACUACACAGCUAUCUUCAAAUCUCAUUCCACAAUAUGCUAUUGCUGUCCUCCGAUCCAACCUUUGGCCUGGUGCAUAUGCUGUUUCCAAUGGCAAAAAGUUUGACAAUUUCUACAUAGGCUGGGGCCAUAAAUAUAGUGUGGACAAUUACACACCCCCAGUUCCACCACCAGUUUACCAAGAGUACCCCAGUGGCCCAGAAAUUACAGAAAUGGAUGAUCCCAGUGUGGAACAGGAGCAAACUUUCAGAGCUGCACAAGAAGAUGCUGCGCUUGAUUCUGAAGAGAAUGAAGAAACUGAGGAAGAGGAGGAUGAAGAAGACGAUGAUGACUAGGAAUAAAGUUAGCCCAGUUUUAUGUGGGAUGGAUUGUAUAAAUUGGGUUACAUAUGUAAAACUAAAUGUUGUUUAUAGGUUGCUGAAUGACAUGUAACCACAUAACCAUUCUGAUCUGACAAAGGAAUAUUUACUUGUAUGUUUUCACUGUAAAAAAGGAUGUGAGCUUGACAUAUGACAAAUGCUGAGAUCAAAUCCACAAGAUCUUGGAAACCAAAAUUUAAGUAUGAAAGGAUUCAGAAGCAAAAAGUACUGAUAACUAUGGAACUAGUUUUCUUUAAGGAAUAACAAAGGCAUAUUUCCCCAUGCAUUUGCACUUGUUGAUGGUUUGGCAUUUGAUUACUGUGAAUAAAUGUUCUCUCUGGGGAGCAUUAUUAAUUCCAUGACUUGCUUAGACUGUGGGAAGACUCAGUUGUUCAACUGAUUCCUUCUCAGAUUCCUUCAUCCUAUAGAAAUCUACUCGAGCAGAUUGAAGAAAAAUGAAGAGAUGUUUAGCUGAGAUACUCAGACUUUAGAUUUGAUUUAUCAUUGCUUCUGUAAUAAUUCUCAUUCACUACAGACAUUUUUACAUUCUGUUAUGUACCAGGCACCUCAAGGCUACAAAAAAUAGGCACUGAGUCAGAUCAGUUUUCAUUGAGGGGGGGAAUAUAAAUUGAAAUAGAAAAUUAGGGUAGAAUGCAAUUU